UCUAUCCCCAAUUUCGCACUUUCUCGAACAAAAAUCCAUUGGACUCUCACUUCAUGGAAUAUUCUUCGCCACCACUGAGCGCGCAAACACACUUCCACGAUGAGAAGAUACACAUAAUUCUCGCGGCCAGCGGAUCGGUCGCUACAAUCAAAUUGCCGAAUAUCGCUCAAGCGCUUAGUCGUCACCACAAUGUGUCUAUUCGUAUUAUCGUCACCAAGUCAGCGGAGCGCUUUUUAGAUGGACAGAGCCUGGAACAGCCUUCAUUGGAAGCUCUGCGAGCAGUCCCAGGUGUUGAGGCUAUUUACAGAGAUGAAGAUGAGUGGAAGAAUCCCUGGACUCGUGGCGAACCGAUACUCCACAUAGAACUUAGGAAGUGGGCGCAUUUAUUGCUUGUUGCGCCCCUCUCAGCUAACACCAUGGCUAAGAUGACCAUGGGGAUGGCCGACAACCUUCUACUCUCGGUGAUAAGAGCAUGGGAUACGACCGGGAUGGUGGAUGGCAACUUGAAGACUAAGAAGCCGCUUAUCUUUGUUGCUCCAGCAAUGAACACGGCAAUGUGGAAUCAUCCCAUCACUGGCAAACAGAUUGAGAUUCUAGAGAAGGAAUGGGGUGUGAAUAAUUCAAGCAAGGAUGGCUGGGUUUCCGUUCUUCGGCCCAUGGAGAAGCACCUUGCUUGUGGCGACUCUGGCAAUGGUGCCAUGAUGGAUUGGGAGGCUAUAGUCUGUGCCGUGGAGCAGUAUAUCGGUGCUCAAACACGAAGGCGUUCGAGAAUUACAGGGUGAGUUGGUCAAUAAAGCCUGCAAAGGUACGGCUCGUUCUCUGAAUUUCCUUAGCAAUGCGACUCUGUAGCUUCAUAAUAGAAGCCAGUGGAUUGCGCGAUAUAUUCCAGGAGUAGCCCCACAGUGAUACCGCCGCCAGUAAAGAGACAGCCAUUUUUGAACCACCACCAGCAGUCCUGUACAUUCUUUAGCUGAACUUUCCAAAUCAUCGCAGCAAGGGAAAGAGCUGCGCUGCCGCAGCUGCCGACAAAGAAAAUAGGUCCACUACCAGCCACGACGCCAGCUGCAGCAAGCAGCGAU